AGUGAGAGAAAGAUUAGGCGAUAAGUGGAAACCCUUAUCAGUAAUCUACUUCCUAAGAUUCCACAUCUGUUCUACUCAGUAAAUUAGCAGGUCCCGUGACCAGUCCCAGUCUGUCCCCCGUUCGAUUCACAAUGGUUUCCUGUGAGAUUUGCAGCAGAUCGGUCUGUUCGACCGAAAAGAAGGUAAAGUGCAGUGGACCGUGCGCCAAAGUGUUCCACCUGUUGUGUGCCGAUCUGAACAAAACCUACGGCCGAGCGCUGGCCGCCGAGGUCGGUCUGUACUGGUUCUGUGCCGAGUGCCGAGGGAUUCUGGUUGGCCAAAAGGGCGGAACUUUGCUGGCUGAUCUUUUCAAACGCGUUGACACGAUCGAAAAGGCCAUUUGCCGAGGGGACUCUGGUGAGGAUUUGAUCAACGGUGAAACGGCGGAGGUGUCGGCUUUGGAGCUUCUUCCAGUGGAAAUCUGGGUAAAGGUGUUCCAGAAUUUAAGCGGAUAUCAGCUGCGUCAAAUUCGACAGACAUGUCGCAGUUGGAACCAGAUUGUGGGCAGUUCAACUUCGUUGAUGAACAAGUUGAUGCUUCGGCUGCCAAAGGGCAUUAUUUUGGACCAGGACAGUGAGGAAGCUGAGCUUCUUUUGUCAUGCAAGAAUCGCUAUUUACACGUCGUUUUGGAUCAGAUUAGGAUCGUAAGAGUGAACAGGUGGUGGCUAUCGGUAGCUGAAAAUCUGGAAAGUUUGUCCAUAACCAAGAGUCCAAUCACAAUCGCUUCGUUGCUCGCCAUGCUGAAGCCAUUACAUAACCUCAAAAGCCUAACGUUGUCAUGUGGUCCCUUCGUCGAUGCCCGCAAUUGCCCGACAAAGCUGAACUUCAAGCUACCUGCGCUGGAAACGCUGGUCCUGGAGGAGGUUGACCAGAGCGAUCUGUUGGACGUUUUCGCACAUGUUUGCCCUCGACUUAAAGUACUCAAACUUCCCACCGGAAGCUGCGCGGAGACCCAUCCGCAAAAGGUGGCCAAGCUGGUCGCCGCCGUUAAGGGGACACUGCAAGAAGUUGAACUCCCGAUAUUACAACGUUUAUGGCUAAUGCUCGGUUCGAUCGACGAGUUGCACUUUAAAGCGAUGAGCUUUUCAGCGUGUAACGAACAAUUGGCUAUGAAACAAAGUCACUUGAUGAAUUUGGUCCAAAAGUUUCCCACUAUUGAGAUGCUGAAUCUAUCAUCCACUAUCAUUUCCCUCGAUGCGACUUUUGAAGCAAUCGGUAAACAUCUAACAAACCUGAAACGUCUGCAGAUUUCUCCUCGCGGAAGCUCAGAUCCUCUGUCUACAACAUUCCUUCAUCAAAUGCUGGAUCUCACACACCUGGACAUCACUGGUUGCAAUCGUUACUAUUCCUCAAAUGAACUCAGCUUUACCAACUGCAGAAAUAACAGCCUCAAAUUUCUAAGCUUGAAAAACUUACAAAUUUCCAAACCCUACUCGGGUGCCUUCCCGUACAUCACUCAUCUCAACCUGUCGGACUGUAAAGUUGAUAGCUGGUCGGUCAUUUUUGAUCCCACCCUGCCAUCUCUCCGUCACAUCACGCUCGAUUCAGUUAGCGUUGAAAAGUUCGAAGACUAUCUGGCAGAUUACAUGGAAAAUUUACAACAUCUCAGCAUUCGCAAAUGUGAGCUAAGGAAAUCACUUCUGGUUGCACUGGUCUCGCUCUGUCCAAAAUUAACCGAGAUCAGCUUAAGCAACGUUGGUGAUGUGGAUGAUGAAGUUGUACAAACGGUUUUCAAAAAGUUGAACAAUCUCAGGAAAAUUGCUAUCAAAGACUGCUACAAAACAACCAAACUUUCUAUGAAGCACUUUGAAAGGCAUCGUUCGGAAGUGGAGUUUAGUCAUUUUAGCAACUGUAAUAUCAGAAACCAAUCAGUGGAAUACACUUCAAGACCUUACGAAACCUAUUCUGAUUAUUCAGACUGA